AUGCAACCAGAUGGAAAAAGUCCAUCACCGCAAUCAAACUGCAUCAAGAAUUAUUUUUUGGAAAGAUCGAAACAAAAAGGUGAUGUAUUGGAAUCAAUUUUUCGCCAAUCCGGUGAUAAAAAUGGUUCAUUAUCAAUCAUAUCUUCAACAAAAUCAACUGAUAAAGAUUUUUUUCCGAAUGAUCUUCUUUGUCACUUAGGUAAACGAGUUUCUGAAGAUGGUGUUAUCAUACCUCGUUAGAAAAUGCUUGAAGAAGCUAAAGCACGUUUUAAUUUUCAUAAUCAAAUCGUAGCUGCAGCACCUGAUGCUUAUGAAGAAAGAGCAACAACUUUUUCAAAACAAUAUUAUCCAUAA